CCCGCCAGUUAACAGCUGUCGGCGGCUAUGCGCCUGUAUUCCGCGUUCUGUAAACUGUCCAGUAGUGCAGACGACUUCAGAGCACCCUCUUGAAAUGUCUUCCAAGGCCAUAUUCAGACAAUACCUGGCUGCGUUAUUAGCAUGCAUCUCCAUGAUGCUGUGUGGAGCGUCGUAUGGAUGGACGUCCCCUGUACUGCCGCGACUGUUGACCAACAGCAGCGAGAUAGAAAUGACACCGGACCAGAGCUCCUGGGUCGCAGCGUUCGUCGAGGUGGGAAACCUGUUUUCACCAAUCCCAUUUGGUAGCUUAGUGGACGUGUGGGGUCGCAAACCCUGUAUCCUCAUCACUGGACCCCUUUACAUUAUCAGUUGGAUCAUUGUACUGAUGACUCGCUCCGUUUAUUGGCUCUAUGUGGAGAGAAUCAUACAGGGUAUAGCCAUUGGCAUCAUGUGUACAGCUGUGCCGGUGUAUACUGGAGAGAUAGCUCAGCCCAGCGUUAGAGGCAGUUCUAGCGCUCUCAACCAGGGAAUGUUAUAUGCUGGUAUCGUCUACUGCUACUGCCUAGGUCCGUACAUGUCGUAUCAAGCAUUUGCCUACGCCAAUCUGGCCGUGGCUGUGGUGUUUGUGGUGACGUUCGUCUUCAUGCCGGAAUCACCAUACUACCUAGUGAUGAAAAACCGGGAUGGUGAGGCAGCUAAGUCACUGAUGUGGCUGUAUGGGGAGGACAGUGUGCAGGGGAUACAGGAGGAGCUGCAUGCUAUCAAACAGAGUGUGGAGGAGGAUAUGAGGUCGACAGGAACGUGGUGGGACCUUCUCAAGACCCCUGACACUCGUCGAGCAUUGCUGAUUGUCCAGGUAGCGCUUAUAGCCAAAUACAUGAGUGGCUACCUCGGCAUUGUGAGCUACGCGACCAAGACUUUCACAGCCAAAGGGGAUUCUGUGCUGAACGGAGACGAGUGGUCAAUACUCAUGGGAUUCAUACUGUUUCUUCCCAUGUUCGUGGGUGCUGCGCUGGUGGAGAAGGUUGGACGGCGGCCACUGUUGAUGGUAUCAACAGUAGGUUGUGCCAUAUGUGAUUUGUGUGCCGUCGUCUACUACUACCUAGAGCUGGAGACUGAGGUAUACGUCAGCCAGUACAGUUGGAUAGCUUUCCUCUGCAUAGCCAGCUACUGUGUGCUGUUCAGUAUUGGUCUCGGCCCACUCGUUUGUGUGCUCAAGGCGGAAUUUUUCCCGUCAAACACUCGUGGAAAAGCUUCAGCAAUCUCUAACAUCACCGAGACUAUCGCCUGCUUCAUCUGCAUAAAGAUGUACCAGGUGUUGGCUGACGGGUUUGGCAUGUACUGUAAUUUCCUCAUGUUUGCCACCUUCUGUCUCCUCGGCAGUUGGCUGAUCUACAUGUACGUCCCGGAGACGACGGGCAUGACUUUCUCUGAAAUUCAGAGACAGUUCCACAAAGUUCCGAUUCAUGAUAAACACAUUGAGAAAAUACCAGUGAAGAAGUCCAUCGAGAACGGAGUAGUUUGAGAGUUCUCUUUUUCUAUUCGUAGUGUUAUAGCUAUGAGGUAGCCAUGGCCAUUGAGGUUUCUGGGCUUUCAUCCCAAACUGCUAAUGGGAAUUUGUGCUCCUGCAAAAUGAGCUGUUCCAGUCCCCUAUCAGGACUUUGAUUUUAUCUACGAUUCCUCUCCAUUUCUUAACCGUAUCAUGACUGUUAAUCACAACUUUCUACAUUCCCAAAGUCUCUUAAAGAUACUCCUGAGCUUCUAAUAUAUUCUACUAGAUUUCAAUAACUCUUCUUUUACACAAAUUGAGGCAUCUUAUGUAAAAUUUAGACAGUUUUUUUUUUCGGGGAAGAUUAUUAAAGCUUUUUUGUUAUAGCCUUAUAGUGUGGUGACAGUCCAAGUUAAGCUUAAAAAAUUCAAUCAUCCAAUAUUUCGUUGGUUGGUUUAAGUUUUAACAACAGAAAUUAUUCUUAUAAUUAUGACUGUACCAAUUUGCUGUAAAGAUGGCCAUCUCUUGCCCAUUUUAGUCUCAUAUUGUUUUGCCAGCUCAACAGAAGAAUAUUUUGUUGGUGAACUUGAAGGAAGUUAGUUGGUAGUAUAGUAGUUGUCAUAAAAGAUAUCUUAAGACUAGAAUUAUUUCAGAAUUUUAAAUAGUAAUCUAAAACGUAGGUAUUAGGCAUAUGCUACUUACUUAACCAAUUGAAUUCAAAACAAUUAACCAUUGUAAAACAGAAUAGUAAAAGGAAAUUACAAACUCUAACAACACUUGAAACAUAUACAGGGUGGGGUUACAUACCCCUACACCCCCCCUUAAAUUUUCAACCAUUUGAGAUAUUUGAAAUCUGUUUGCGGCAACCUUCUUAUAUAUGAGGGGCUACAAUAAAUGUAAAUUUUGAAAAUUUUGCCCUAAGGGGUAGUGGGGGUAGGGGGUAGCUCAAAAUUUUCAAACUACAGGUAUAGUCGAGUUUGGUAUCAUUUUACAGGUCUUGACAAAACAUAAAGAAAAUAGAAAUCGGACCAUUAAUAACAAAAUGACAGUUCAAAAUUACUUUUAAUAACCAUUAAUUGCCUUAUAAAUUUUUAGCUACAAUUUUGUUUUUAAUGGUCCGAUUUCUAUUUUCUGUAUGUUAAUUGUUAUGCUUCUUCAAGACCUGUAAAAUGAUACCAAACUCGACUAUACUUGCUAUUUGCAAAUUUUGAGGUACCCCCACCCCCGCUCCCUAAGGGCAAAGUUUUUGAAAUUGAUCAUAAUUAUUGUAGCCCUUCAUGUCCAAACAAGUUGCCGCAAACCGAUUUCAAAUAUAACAAAUAGUUAAAAAGUUAAAGGGGUGCAAGUUAAUUUUCAACCAUCCUCAUGGUUAUUUGGAUUUGAAACGUUUUAGGGCACCAUUUUGUUAUUGGUGGCCCGAUUUUGGUUUUCUUUAUGUCAAUUGUUAUGUUUCGUCAAGACCUGUAAAAUUAUACCAAACUCGACUAAACUUGUCUUUGAAAACUUUGAGCUACCCUCUACCCCCGCUACCCCUAAGAGCAAAAUUUUCAAAAUUGACCAUAAUUAUUGUAGCCCCUCAUAUCUAAGAAGGUUGCCGCAAACAGAUUUCAAAUAUCUCAAAUGGUUGAAAAGUUAAGGGGAGGUGUAUGUUACUUUUCAGCCACCCUGUAUUUACAUUUAUACUGACACUGUUUUUAGAUUUUACAGAAUAAGUGUAAAUAUGUUUCAAGUGUUAUUAGACAUAUUUUUAUUUUCUUUCCGUAAAAUUAACAACACAUAAUAAGCUGAUUUAAGAAAAAUUAAAAAAAGUGUUGUGGGACUAAGAAGUUGUGGCGAUGUUUUUUUCUGCACAUCGUCAACUUUUUUAGUAUUUUAUAGUUACAUAUAAGUUGAUUCAGUAUUGUACUUUGUAGUUAGGUUUAUGUUAAACCCUUUUAGCAUUUUUUAUUAGAGAGCUUGAAAAGAUCUGAUUCUUGAAAUACUAUAAUGAAGAUUUGUUUACAGAAUGUGAAUGUUUUAAAUUAUAUUACUUUGGUCUAUCAAUGAAUAGGCCAUAGCUUAUGUACUCUACUUAAGCUGAGUACUUACAACAAUUACUACAGUACUUUAAUUUACUUAAUAUUAUGAAUCAUUCUUUUCCUGCAAUCAUUUAUGGUACAUGUGACCAAAAUUUGUCUUGUUGUCCGUUUAGCAAGUUUUGAGCAUUUUCUGUUUUUAAACACUAUGUUAUGUAAUAUUUAAAGUAAACGUAAUUCUAAGGUCUUUUAAUUUAUUUAUUGUUCAAAGUCAUGUUUUUGAAUUGUAUAGGGUAAAGCAAAGAACACCUUACGAACACAUUUAGACUAGUUAAAAUAAAGAGAUUUCUGAAGGAAAACUCAUGUCAUGGCUCUCUGAUUUGUUAACAUUUAUAACUAAAUGCAAUCAAUUGUUACUUCAAUUUCUCAAUAGUUUGGUAAGUUUGCAUUAUUUGUUUGACAUAUGAGUGGGAUUUUACUGAGAUUGUAUUUUUUGUCCGAGAAAAAGUGAGAUGCAAUGAUGCAAACGUAAAAUUGGCAGCAAAUUUCUUACGCUUUUCUACCAUUGUCUUCAACACAGGAAGUACACUACCGGUAGGCUAUGUUAAUAGUGGUUUACGCAGCGAUUGCGUAAAGAUAGUGUUACCGACACGAGUAAAAAAUGUAAUGUACUCUCGCCUCGUACCUUAAAUUUUCUACCCGUGUCGUUAACUCUAUUUACGCAAGUUGCGUACACUACUUUACCUAUGAUAGUGUUUUAAUUACUAAAAAUCACUACUCAUAACUUUUAAGAGAGGUUAUGUUUUGGUUUAUAACCUCUCAUUGCCACUGACAGUGAUGCAACGAAACAUGUUCCAAACACUAAUUGCACCACUCAACAAUUAAAUUGGCCUGAACGGCUGAUUAGUUGAAGUUCGAAUCAUUACAGUUUUACUUCUUCUCUCUCAAUCCUUGAACCUCAUUGGUGUUUUUAUGAGUAAAAAAAAAUACUAUGAUGUUGUGAAAGUAAACAAUGCUGUUAUGUGAAACUUUUUAAUUCUAAGAACUGAACUGAAACGGCUACUUUAUAAAAUGGUCUUAGCUAAAAUAUAUUACUUAACUUUAGAUAAAUUACACAGUGCUAUGUUUAGGUUUAACUAUUUUCUUCCUCUCUACUGAAUAUGAAAAUAAAGGUGCCUUUUUUAUUAAAAUAAUAGCUGUUUAUGCGUACAGCUCCGUAAUUUGAAUGUAUGCCGCAACAAGGCAUCUCGCUGCUUACUGUCAUCAUUUGUGAACAGAAUCAAUUGCAGCUCUGUAGCUGAUGUGUAUGCUUUCCUGUGUUUCUAGAAAAUGUUUAAAAUCAUUGAAUCUCUCGCCACAUGCACAAUAAGGUCAGGUGGUUUUUGACAGCAAGAACAUAUUCAAUGCAGACAUUUAUUGCCAGAUGAUUUGAAGUUUAUGGCCUUGAUGCAAUGAGUGAGGGUAAAGUGCAGAAAUGGGGAGUUUAAAAAUGGCUGUGUAAAUUCUGAUGAAGAACACUUGGGCCAUUCUUAAAGGGGCUUUGGCUUUGAAAUUUACGGGGGUAAUUGAGUGCUGUAAUUCCAUUAAUUGUUGCUUCAAUUUAGAGGUGAUAUAAGAUAGCCAUGUCUUGUCUCCAGUAACCUUUUGACUCAACAUUUCCUUCAUUUCUUCUCCUUUUUCCUUGCAUAAAAAAUUGCAGGUGACGACAAUGAUGUCCCCGUGAUUGCGGCCCCAGAAAGAUGUUCAUGAUUUUGCUGUAGUCGCGAGUGUCGAAGAUGAUAUCCCCGUGAUUGCGGCCCGUGGGAGAUGUUCACGAUUUCACUGCAGUCACAGGUGUGAUGAUAAUGUCCUCGUCAUUGAGGCCCGAGGUUGACUUUCACAAUAUCGUUGUGGUCGCGAGUGUCGGUGAUGAUGUCCAUUUCAACCCAUGGGAGAUGUUCACGAUUUUGCCGCAG